AUGAGUUGCUUCCCAUGUUUUAGGAAAGCAAGUAACGAGGAGGAAGAUUUGCGGAUAGCCCAGGCCAACUAUAUCACUACACCGCCUCCUCCUGCAAAUAGCAAGCAAGCUCCAGUAGCUGAAGCCAUAAACACUGAUCCUAACGCAGAAGGAAAUUCGUCGGCAAGGACAUUCACUUUCCGUGAACUUGCCUUUGCGACAAAGAAUUUUCGUCAAGAAUGUAUAUUGGGGGAAGGUGGAUUUGGAAGAGUGUUUAAGGGGACACUUCAGUUGAGUGGGCAGGUUGUUGCUGUGCGGCAACUAGACAGAAGUGGAACACAAGAGAGCAAGGAGUUUUUGGUUGAAGUUAUGAUGUUGAGUCUUCUUCACCACCCAAAUCUGGUCGAUCUGAUCGGAUAUUGUGCUGAUGGAGAUCAAAGGCUUUUGGUAUACGAAUACAUGGCAUCGGGUUCUCUGGAAGAUCAUCUAUUUGGCACUUCAACGGAUAAAAAACCUUUAGAUUGGUCAAAGAGAAUGAAAAUUGCUUUAGGUGUCGCAGAAGGACUUGAGUAUUUACACGAGAAGGCCAAUCCCGCUAUCAUAUAUCGCAACUUAAAAUCCUCAAAUAUCUUGUUGGAUCAAAAUUCCAUCCCGAGACUCUCGAAUUACGGGCUUGCCAAGCUUGUCCAAAGCGGAAAUAAGAUGAUGGGAGGUCAUGGUUAUUGUGCACCCGAGUACGAAAGAAAUGGUGAAUUGACUUUCAAGUCGGACGUAUAUAGUUUUGGAGUUAUCUUACUAGAGCUUAUCACGGGACGAAGAACCUUGGACACGGCACGCCCCAUAGAGGAGCAGAAUUUAGUUACAUGGGCACAGCCCAUUUUCCGGGAUCCGUCAAGGUUUCCCGAAAUGGCAGAUCCGGUUCUUAAAAGGGAAUUUAUGGUGACAAGUUUAAAUCAAGCUGUGGGAGUUGCAGCCAUGUGUCUUCAGGAUGAACCAAUGGUCCGUCCAUUGAUCAGUGACGUUGUAGCUGCUCUUAGUUUCCUUGCAGUGGCUCCACCUGAUGCACCGGUACCUGCACGACUUGUUCCUCUCUUGUCGUCCCGGGUGGAUACGUUGAGUCAUAAUAGAGAUAAUCCGCAUCACGAGGACAGCGACAUUUCUGUUCCUGAAAAGGAAGAUAGUUCAGAUAGUGAUGAUGAUGAGAAGAAAAAAGACGAAGGCAAUAAGUCUCAACGUAAAAAGAACUUGAAAGAGCAGGGCUCGAGUUCAAGCAGCAGCAGCUCCAGCAGCAUUGGAUCGAGAAGUGAUAGUCAGUGCUUCAGCUUGAGGCAUGACAAUAAUCACGAACCUGAUGAUUAUACUGAUGAUUCAAACAGUGACCAUGCAUCCUGUAGAAAUGAGCUGCACGAGGAUGUGCAUGAUGGAAGUGUGAGAUCCAAGGAUCACGAUUCAUGUUCUGAAGAAGAGGAAGAUGAUGAUGAUGAUGAUGACGACGACGACGAAUACCAUGAGAGCCAUGGAUGGAAGUGA